AGCGCGAUCCGGUUGUUGCGCAGUGGCCGCGCUGAUUACGGUAAUCCUGCCAGUGUCAGCUGAUCCUCCUCCACUGGGUCUGACCGAGGAGGAGAAACCAGCCGGAGCAAAACACUGACUGCUGCCACGGUUCGAGUCAUGGCUGCGGAGAUUCACUCGAGGCCCCAGACCGCCAGACCGGUUCUCCUCAACAAGAUCGAGGGCCACUCGGACGCCGUCAACAUCGCCGUUUUGAUCCCGAAGGAGGAUGGAGUGAUCACGGUCAGCGAGGACAGAACGAUUCGGGUAUGGCUGAAGAGAGACAGCGGUCAAUACUGGCCAAGUAUCUACCACACAGUCUCCUCUCCAUGCUCUUGCAUGUCAUACCACCAUGACAGCAGACGCAUCUUCAUAGGCCAGGACAAUGGAGCUGUUGUGGAGUUUCUCAUCUCUGAAGAUUUCAACAAGAUGAGCCAUGUCAAAACAUAUCCAGCCCACCAGAACCGUGUGUCAGAUAUGGUGUUCUCCCUGGAGAGUGAGUGGGUGGUGAGCACUGGUCAUGACAAGAGUGUGAGCUGGAUGUGCACCCAGAGUGGAAGCAUGCUGGGGAGACACUACUUCACCGCCUGGGCCUCCUGCCUACAAUACGAUCACGAGACGCAACACACCUUCGUUGGCGAUUACUCAGGACAGAUCACGCUAUUGAAACUGGAAAAGCAGACGUAUUCUACAAUCACCACGCUGAAGGGUCAUGAAGGAAGUAUAGGAGCUCUGUGGUGGGACCCUGUCCAGAGGCUGCUGUUCUCAGGGGCCUCCGACCACAGCAUCAUCAUGUGGGACAUUGGGGGGCGUAAAGGACGGACGCUCCUGUUGCAGGGCCACCACGAACGCGUUCAGGCCCUGCGCUACCUCCAGUUGACGAGGCAGCUGGUGUCGUGCUCGGCUGACGGAGGCAUGGCAGUGUGGAACAUGGACACCCAGAGAGAAGAGGCGCCUCAGUGGUUAGACAGUGACUCCUGUCAGAAGUGUGAGCAGCCUUUCUUCUGGAACAUCAAGCAGAUGUGGGACACUAAGACUAUGGGGCUCAGACAGCACCACUGCAGGAAGUGCGGCAAAGCUGUGUGUGGAAAAUGCAGCUCCAAACGCUCCACGUUUCCAAUCAUGGGCUUUGAAUUCCCUGUGCGGGUGUGUGACGCCUGCUUUGACACCAUCAAAGAAGAAGAUCGAACACCACUGGCCUCAUUCCACGAAGGGAAACACAACAUCGCCCACAUGGACAUGGACCCAUCCAGAGGCCUGAUGGUCACGUGUGGAAGCGACCGGAUUGUUAAGAUCUGGGAUAUGACGCAGGUGGUUGGCUGUAGCUUAGCAACAGGCUUCUCUCCACGCUGAUUGGCCCAGCCCACUACAUGCUUCCCCCCGCGCUGCGGACACUUCCAGUUUCAUUGAAACCCCCCUCUGUAAACCACAUCUCCAUGUCGCACCUGGGAUCUUCAACUACAUCCUGGCCAGCUUUGGGUGAAUGUUCCAGUUUGUGCGUGUGUGCGUGUGUGUGUGCGUGCGUGCGUGCGUGCGUGCGUGCGUGUGUGUUCUGGCCCUCCACAUUCCUUUUGCUUCUCGUGAAGAAAUUUUUAAUUUCACUGUCAGUAUGUGACUGACUUUUGACUUUUUGUGCUGAUCUGAAACAGAACCCUGAGCACAACGGUGCGUGUGCCUGUUACGGGAGAGACAGAAUUGAUAUUAGUGUUUACAUUCAAUAUCUUUUGACAAAGGUCAUUUUUUAUUACCUUGCACUGUAAAAUCGCCGGCCAGCCCUUCCUGUAAAAACACACUACCUUCUCUUCCUAUUUGUUAUGGCCCACUAACUGCAUAUUACUCCGUUUAACAUGUACAAAACCCCCUAAUCAUCUGUAUAUAGCUCUACAACAUGUGUACAGUAGAUAGUUUGCUUGAAAUGACUCUCACUGUUCAAGGUGAUCGGCUUUUUCUGUCUCUUUUUUCCUCUAUUGUUUCUUUCACUAGCUGGCCUUAAAUCUCUCUCAGGAGGUUUUACAUCAGUAGGUUGUCACUGGGCGGGGGGGCUCUUCAUGUUAGUCGUCACUGUUGUGUAAUUGUGAGAUGAAUCAGGCGUGAUGAGAGACUGGUCGCUUUCUCGAUAGACGACGGAAAUCUCCUGAUAAACUUAACAGAUGCUGCGGCAGGAAGUUGAUACAAUCAGCUUGCAUGGCAGCACCGAUCCAGCCUCCACCUUAUAAUCUCAGGUGAGCCAGGGGGAGACAAUUUGAAUAUGUUGCCAUACACGAGCUUUGCACAAUUGGGUCCAGACUUUCGCUGCAGUUUUCCUUUUCACACGUGAACAAUGCAGCAGGAGAUUCUCCACCCAGACGAGUUCACGACACAGAACUCUCCGGAGCGUUCAGGUCGGAGGUGGUGCAACAGGCAGAGUCAGGAUGUAAAUGAUCCGCUGUCGAGAUCUUGUUUGAAUCCUGUGGAGGAUUUCUUGCUAUGUUUCCAGUUUAGUUCAGUUUUUAUUUUGGGGGCUGGCAGGAGAAACUUAGUCUUCGUUCUCACAAACAGCCCCUCUGGAUAAUGUCCGUACAUUGAAGACGUCCUGUCGCAGCCAUCCAGGGGUGUAUCAGUGGGAUUGCCAUUCGAGAGUUGAUUGGAGCGUGACAAUUUCAGCUUUGUGUUUUUAAGUCUUCAACUUUAUUUAGAGGUAAUUAAAAAAACAUAUAGCACAGCAUUACCCUCUUGGAAAACUAAUGUAGGUAGAUACCAAACAAAGCACUUAUGGUUUCAAUCCUCGAAUGCCUCGUGAGAAUUAUUUUUCAUCUGUAAUUUGAAAAAUAUUAAUAAAGUUUCUUUGGUGUAA